AAAUUCCGUUUCUAUUGUGUACAUAUCGCGUCGACGUACAGGUUAAUUGCUUUGUCCGUCGGUCUGUGUCUCCCGAUUAUCCAAGAGUAUCCCAGUUGUACAAAAAAAUGAUGCAUUUUCAAGUAAACAUUCAAUCGGAUAAGAUUCUUCAGUGAAUUAAAAAAUGGAAAAGUUAAUUGUAAUUGUGACAUACUUGAUAGCGUGUUUAGGAUUACACUUAAUUACAUGCGAUAAUUACUGUGAAAUUAAUUCACGACAGUUACCAUACUACAAAUUAAUGAAAUCUAACGCCCGUUCGAAUCAGUUAAUACUCUCAAGGAAAACGGUGCAAAAUGUGAACGAGUGCAGGAAGUUCGCUUCGGUGAAGAAGGCUUUGGCAUUUAAUUAUGGUUUAGACGAUGACUAUGAAUUGAAUAUUGGCGUUCAGAAUAAAAGUAAAACAACGAGGAAAAUAUGCCAAGCGCUUCAAUGUCCUGAGAUUUACAAUUUUACUACGCUUGUGAAGGAUAAGAAUUAUAAAUAUUAUAGCACGUAUCCCAGCUCCAUACCAACUGGUUCUAGCUUCACACUGGUCUGCGUUCCUAGGACAGGGAUAUUUGUAUUUUCGAGCGAUAACUUGAAUUACAGCCAAGCACGAAUAGCUUGCCAAAAAAUAAAUGCAUCGCUGGCUCACAUAAUCAGCGAGGAACGUACUAACGGGCUUGCAAAAUACAUUUCGCCAAACACACCUACUUUUGUCGGACUUAGUAACCGUAGAAAUGGAAAAUUUUGGAUGAACGAAUUUGACGAACCACUUUUAUGUUUUAAUUAUCGAGCAUGGGGAAGGGGACAACCAUCGCAUUCAAAAGGAUGUGUCACUCUGGUACAACCACCUCAAUUACAACUUGGACCUUUUUGGAAAGUUGUUCCUUGCGGUAGUGUGUUAUCUUUUAUCUGUGAAAUUUCACCGAUCUAUUCAUAUUUGCAUAGCUAGAAACUUUGAAAUUUACAAGCAAGCAUAUUAAUAGGUAGCAGUUUCAACUACACAUAUAUGUGUGAAAAGCUAAAAUAAAAUAAUAUAUUAUGCUUUAAAUGCUUUUAAUACACACAUUCGAAUGUACUACUUAUUAAAGAAUAUUCUAAAUAAAUAUUUUUUGAUCAGAAAAUAAAAUGUUAAUUAUUAAGUUACUUAGAACUUGUAACAUUCCGAUAUUAAUAUAACUGUGAGUAUAAAAUGUACAAAAGAGAAAGCAAUGAGUUUGUUGUUAAUGCAUUAAAAACACAAAUACUAAUUAUAUACAUAAGUUUAAUACGUGGUUACAAGUAUGAUACUCAUUACUAGCAGAAAAAAGUAUUUCCUAACAAAUUAUUUACAUUUGAAUUGCUCUGAAAAUGAUCGAUACGAAAGAAAAAACAUAAUUCUCACUCUUUGUUGAUUAUAUACACGUAUACAAUUCUAGGAUUAUACCUUUAAAAAUUGUGCUUCUUUCAAUUAUUUACUUAUUAUCUAUCACAUGCUUUCUAAGCUGAUUACUUAAGACUUAAAACCAACCAUUAAGAUGUAUCGAUACUUUAUUUGUGGUUAUAAUAGGGUUCGGAAAUAAUAUAUAUACAUGUGCAUAUAUAUAUCGUAAUAAUAACAAUUUGAUUAUGUCAAAGUUUCAUUGCUUAAUAAUCUUUAAUACAAGCAUUAAUAAUAAAGUAAAAAAAUUGGAUUCCAACAUGUUACUCAAAUAAUAUAUAUCUACACUUCAUUCGAAUAGUAAAUUAUCUUAAUAUAUGUAUGUUGAAAUUCUCCGUCAAUAAAUAUUUAAUCGGUAUUGUAUUUAUAAUAGAAGAAAAUAUAUAUUAUUUAAUCUGCAAUUUUAUAUAUAAUUUUAUAUAUAUUAUUUCAUAUGCAUGUACACUAAGCGGCCAAGAUAAAAUAAUUUUUACUUACUCAUUUCCAUACUCGUAUCAAAAUUAUUACACAAUCCAAAUUUAAGAAAUGAAACAAAAUACAACAUGCAUUCUAAUCUUUUGCUUCACAAAUUACUAGCUAUCAUUUACAUUCUUCAAACAGAAAGUCAACAUUGUAGACAAUAAUAAUAACAAUAAUAAUAAUAAUAAUAAUAAUAAUAAUAAUAAUAAUAAUAAUAAUAAUAAUAAUAAUAAUAAUAUUAAUAUUAAUAAUAUUAAUAAUAACAAUAAUAAUAACAACAACAAUAAUAAUAAUAAUAAUAAUAAUAAUAAUAAUAAUAAUAAUAAUAAUAAUAAUAAUAAUAAUAAUAAUAAUAGUAAGAAGGAGAGCAUGAUUUCUUUGCCAUACCAAAAAAAUUUAUCUUCCAUGAUACAUGAUAUAUGCAUAAUUAAUUUGAAACAAUUAACUUGCAUUCUAUAAAUGACUAAAACAUUUCGACAUAUGUAUGUUAAUAAUGGAAAUACUCAUUUUUAAUGCGUGUGAUGCAUCAUAUAUUUAAAAAUAUUUUAUAUGUAAGCAAGUUUCUAUCUACAGCUUUAUUUAUAAAAAAAUGCAUGUUAAUACCAUACAGGUGUUAGUCCAUUUGAAAGAUCGUUGUUUUGACGAUUAAUGUAGUAAAUAGUCUAUAUAUAGUCUAUAAUAUUCGUUACUAAAGGAAGACAACGUUUUUCUUUAUCAAAGUUAUUGUAUUUAAGUAAUUAUUUCAUAACUUGAACAUAUAUUUGACUUAGCUAUAAUUCAAAUCUUCAUUUUAUCAUGGACUUGAAAAUAAUUAUUGUGUGAUAAUAGUAAAAUAUUAUUAAUAUUAUGCACGAACUUGGAAAUUUUUCUUGCUUUCGCUUAGGACUAUUAUUGUCACAUAUCGUUAAUUUGCAAUGAUGUAUGAAAUUUAGAUUUGCGAAUAGAAGUCUUGUCAUUUUGUAAAAUUUAAACGUUUUUUUACAUAAAAAUCUUACAUUAAUCUUUCAGUUGUGAUAAUAUAUAAAAGUAUAAAAGGAUUUAUUAAUGAUAUUUUUUGUAUGGAGUCAUAUCAAUUACUGGACAUUUCUGAAAUGUGGUCAGUAUGCUAAGCUGUUUUUAGAUCAAAUCGAUUGUGUAAAAUUAUAACAAAUAACAUAACUCUUCCAUAUCCUUUUAAAAAUAUUUUUACAGAGAUAUAAAACAAGAUAAAAAUUAGCGAAUAUACAAUAAAAAUACUAGUUUGAAAAUUACUCGUAGCUUGUAUAACUGUUGAAAUUAAAUUUCCAGAUCAAACUACCAAUUCAAUGUUAUUUAUUUUGCAUUGUAUUCAUUUACUUCACUUGUUCGACUAAUGGGUGAAAAAUCAAACAUAUUUAACACAAUAUCCAUAUAAUACAUAAAAAUAUACAUUAUCUCCUUAUGUACAGUAAUAGAUAUUGCAGACAUAUGACAACAAUUUUAUUUAAAUAUGAUCAAUGUAAGACGUUAGCUCAAUUUAUUAAGAAAUACGUACAUGAAAACAAUGUUUUGAAUCCUAUUAUGCAACAAGUUUGUGCUUUUGUAUUGAAGUUAUGAGAUAGACGCUACAUGAAAGAAAUUUUCAGAUAGGGUCUAUUGCAUUAUAAGCAUAAUCUAAAAUUCUUCAAUGAAUUGUAACACACUGAUAAUUAUAAUGUUCAUGUAAUAAUCCAUGUAAAUAUUUUGCAAUUUCUUAUUUACAUGCAAACAUUUUCAGAAAAAACUUUUUACUCAUGGCAUAAUUAUACAAAUUCUUCUACUAGAUGAAAUUGUUCUUGAUAUAAAUUCUGUAAACAAAUACAGAUAUACAUUCUGUAUACAAUUAACGACAAUUAAUUAUAAUAAUAAUAAUAAUAAUAAUAAUAAUAAUAUUAAUAAUAAUAAUAAUAUUGUUCAUGAUAAUAAACAAAUUUCAUAUAAAAAUAAACAAACAAAAAAAAGUACGUAUAAAUCUAAAGCUGCCAAAAUUUAACAUCUUCUAGUGUCUUUCUUCUCAUAUGCAAAAGAAGUAUUCUAUAUUUUAUAACUAUUUCAU